GAGACCUCCAAUUUAAUGUCUCAUCAUGCUUAUUCUGUAGUUCACAUUAAGUCCAGAGUACUGGAGGACCGGAACAAGUGGACUUGUAGACACCAGAUAGCCCGGCCAUGCUGUUGGCCAUGGCAUCUCAGGAUGUUCAGAACUUCUUCCAGCCUCUCUCUUCCUGGAUAUCUCGGGUUUAUGAAGCUCUCCAGCAAGCAGGAGAUACAUUAUCUGCUUCGCUGGUUAACUUCAGCAAAAAAGACUCUAAGUUGAGUGACAAGCUAGACCAGGACUUACAUGAUACUCAGAUUCAGGAAACUUACUUUGAAGAUGAAGAACAAAGCAAUGAUUGGAGCCAAGAGGACACAAACUCCUUGUUUCUUGAAGUGGACCAUUUCUCCUGUUGUAAUAGUGAUUUGCAGGACUCUGCCCAAAGUUCAAGCCCCAAACUUAGCCAACAUGCAAAGGACUCAUGUUUGUUAAGGUCCCAGUGGCCCAAUCAGACCCUUGAUGACCAAAAGCCACUACAUGUGCUUUCUUCUGUUGCUGAGGAAGAAUGUCACCUUGAAAAGCAAAGGAGUGGCCUUCAACAUGGCUUUGACAGCCAGCUCUCUGGUGUUUUAGAAAAUAUUAAUGGAAAAAAGCAAGUUAACAGCUUUGGAGAUGAUGAGGAGCUGUCCACAUCUUCUGACAGCGAUGAGGAGGUGAUCAAACAGUUUGAAAUUUCUGUGUCCCGGUCCCAGAGUUUCUGCUCAGGAGCAUCUGAGAAAGGAAAGCAGACAAGAUUGGAGCAGAAACGAAAACCCAGCCACUGGCUCUCUACCCACAAAGAGGACCACGUGAAAGUGUCCACCUGUGAAGGUUUGGAUGGAGGCAGCCAACUGAAUUAUUCUGAGAAUCUGUCUUAUGUUGAAGAUGUUCCCAUCUCUGCCCACUCACAGUCCCCCUGUGAGGUGGGGGACACCAGGCACCAUGGUUCACCUUCCCAAGAGAUCAGUGUGGUCCGUAGCCUCAGUCAGCAGUCCACAGAGGGCAGCUUGGAGACGGAGACAGCUUGUAAUAACCGAGGAUUUGAAGAUUCCUGUGCCACUGACAGCUCCUCCGUGUGGAGUCCAGAGGGACAGGACACGACCAAUUUUCAGGUGCCAUCUGGGGUCCUGGAGCCCAUCUCAAAAUGUGGUGACCUGGAUGUCAUCUUUGAAUACAGAGCUGCCAGCCAGAAGCUCAUAGUGACCAUUGUAAGAGCACAUGGCCUCCCGGAUAAAGACAGAAGCGGUGUCAACUCCUGGCAAGUUCACGUAGUGCUGCUUCCCAGUAAGAGACAGAGGGGCAGGACAAGCAUACAGAGAGGGCCCAACCCCUUCUUCAAGGAGAAAGUCACCUUCGCCAAGCUGGAGCCCAGAGAGGUGGCUGCCUGCGCCGUCCGCUUCCGCCUGUACGCUGCCCGCAAGAUGACCCGGGAGAGAAUGAUGGGAGAGAGGCUGUUCUAUCUCAGCCACCUGCACCAGGAAGGGGAAAUGAGAGUGACUCUGGUUCUGGAGCCAAGAAGUAACAUCAGUGGUGGAGAGUCUCCGCUCAGCCCAUCUGCAGUUUCUCAGAGUGAUAGCGCUUCAUCCAUGCAGUCGCUGUCACAUGGAGGGGCGCCAGAGCUGUUGGUGGGGCUGUCGUACAAUGCCACAACGGGGCGAUUAUCCGUGGAAGUGAUCAAAGGCAGCCAUUUCCGAAACCUCGCUGUGAGCAGAGCGCCUGAUACGUAUGGAAAGCUCUUUCUCCUCAAUUCUGUGGGUCAAGAGAUGUCCCGCUGCAAGACAUCCAUCCGGCGCAGUCAGCCCAAUCCUGUCUAUAAGGAGACCUUUGUUUUCCAGGUGGCCCUCUUUCAGCUCUCUGAUGUCACAUUGAUGAUUUCUGUGUAUAACAGGCGUGCCAUGAAGCGUAAGGAGAUGAUUGGCUGGAUUGCUCUGGGCCAGAACAGUAGUGGAGAAGAGGAACAAGACCAUUGGGAGGAAAUGAAGGAGACCAAAGGGCAGCAGGUCUGCAGGUGGCACUCCUUGCUCGAAUCCUAGGUUUGCCAACAGGUGUUGGCGGGCCACGCCCACCCUGGUGAUGUGUGUUUUGAUUCCUGAUACCAACUCAGUGGGUGCUGGCAGGCUUUUUAGAGACAGGCUUUAAAUAGGGAUUGGAUUCUACUAAACCCUGGGACAUUCUGGGGAUGGCGGGCACUUCUGGGUUUCUCAAAGAUUUGAUUUGGAUUUAAUUUUUAAAAAACCCAUGUACACCAUUGAGUACACUUCAUGGGAGUUGUUCCUGUGGUUGAGAUGAAUGAAGAUGAGUUAAUUUGUGUUAAUAGGUUAUUGAGUUCUGUUUCAGGUUAUGGGAUGAUGCUUCCCUGGCCAUCUCUGCUUAAAGAGUAACCUGAGAUUGCAAGGAAGCUGUUAAAUGUCACUGUUUGAAACCAUUUGUGUGUAGGAAUCAGAAUUUUCUUAAUAUGGUGCAAAACACUCCAAAAUACAGAAAUGAAUCUGAUGCCAAGUCUCAUAAAAAAGUAACUGUCAUCCAUAAUUUUUCACAUUUUUCUCUUUAUAAAAAACAAACCCUUUCAUUUAUUUGCCUAACAAACAAAUGUUAUAAACUUGCACUUAUAAAGCAAAUUUGUAUGAAUUAAAUACCUCUUUUUAUCUCACUUAUAUUCUAUGGUUUCCUAUGAGAUUUGGUUAGGUGAACCCUUCUGAAACUAAAAGAGAACUCAAAAACCACUGUUAAAUUAAAGACAACGUGUCUCCUUUUGAAUAUGUCAGAUUUCAAACUGAAAACUUUCAAGGUUUUUAAUGCUGUUUUUCUCACCUAAUAAAUUCUUACAGAGUGAGGAAAAAAACCUGUUUUCAGUCAUGGAUCUAUUAAUUUUUCUGAAUCUAGUGUUCUCCUCUGAGAUUAUACAUUUUCUAUAUUCAAUAAUACAUACUCAUUCAUAUAUUUUAAUUGUGCAUCAGCAUGUAUCCCAUGCUUUUUUAUGCAAUAUAUUUCAUCAUCAGAGCAUAGUAAAUUGUAUUGAGUGGGUCUUUAAUAAAUGUUGAUUUGAUUGACUCUUAGAAAUCAGCAUAUUAUAUACCUGUGAGUAAAGAAUACUUUCGGCUUGUUAGGAAUGCCACUAAUUCUUCUUAGAGCAUUUGCAGUGCCUAUAAUUGUCAUUUUUCAAGGUAUUUGCAGCAACAUAUGUUACUCACCACUUGGAUUCUGGGCACAUGCCAUUCCAAAGACUGAUCAUGUAUGGUUAUGAGCAUGAAAUGUUCCUUCUGACUUUUAUAUGUUUUUGCACUGCCUGUUUAUUUUUUUGAGAUCUGAGCCCUUAAUCUCAAUUACUUUAGGUUGGCUGGAGUAAAAAAAGAAAAAAAACCAAAAAGGGAAGGAUUGUGUGUACAUGGAACACCGAGCCCAGUGUGCAGCUCUUCUGAGCAAUUGCUCAGUCACUUAUUUUUAGCUUUUAUGUUUCAUUGUUGACUUUCUUCUGUCUGUGGGAAGAGUGAUAGCUAGUGAUGGAUGUAUACAGUUAAAAACACAUAACUCCUCCUCAGCUCUACAUUUUGACAGAUUGUAAACGUAGGCAGUAACACUUGAAGCACAUAUUUAUUCCUUACAAUGUGUGAUGGUUCUUCUGACAAGCCCAGAUGAGGACACAGGAUAACUCUACUGUGAUUUCAUGCUUUUGAAAGAACUGAUUUCAUAUGGAAGAAUCAGAAUGAGAAAAAUAAAUGAAUAUCUUCAUUUCUUUUUCAGCUCAUUGGAGUUUCAUAUAUCGUGCGGCUCAGGUAUUAGGAGUCAGUAAUAAAACCAUGCUCCUUUGUCACCCUCCCUUUAUUUGCAAGACCUCAAAGUGCUUUUCCAACAUGAUAUCCAUUAACUGCUGAGUGGUCUUUCAGUGUGGCUGUGUCAUCGAAUAGAACUGAGUGCAAUUGAUUAAGUAGCAGCACGAAGAAUUGGCUUUUCACAUCCCUUACUCUCUUUAUGCGCUUGGGCUUAAAGGGAAGUAGAGCAGCCUUGUGACGUGUUCCUUUCUGCAGGAACAUAAAAGCAGCAUUCACUUUAAAAUUUACAUUUGAAAAAAAUCUGCAUAUAUUGUACAGACAGGCCUGGGUUUUUCCUCCUCCUAUCUUCCUGCUCUGUUUUGCUGCAUCCCUUGUCUCUUGGUACUUAAUAAUCACCUAUACUUCAUUUUCUGCUGCCUUGUACCCACCAUUUUUAAGGUUUUCUACUGGUGGGGUGAAGAGAUCCUUGUGUGUUUGAUCUGCUUUCUAAUAGUCACUUAUGAUACAGUUUACAGAAACUUUAAGGGAAGGGAUGCCUGAAAAGCACUUUUCAUUUGUAUAAUUUUCCUCUGUUGGUGCUCCUCACCAUGUAGGAUGCAUGUACAUCUUGAAUAUGCAGCAACAUUCACCCUUCAGCGAUUGUAUAAAUGUAAAAUGCUAAUGACAAGAUACGUGAAAAUAUGAGGCUGAAUUUUUUUUUACAUUGAUUUGAAAUUCUGGUUCAGUAAAAUCUUUCCAUUUUGUGCACUUAAAUUUCCUUAUUUUCUUGGCAAAGUCUAGAUGCAAUAUAUUUAACAUGUUUUUCACUCAAGCUUUUACAUCUACAUUUGCUUUUCAAAAGAGUUAUGAAAGAUAAUUAGUUGGUUCUGCAGCAAAAAAUAAGCUGCUUUUGCCUAUUUUGUCUAGUUAAUAUCUCAGAGGGACAUACGAAAUUGAAGAAGCUCUGGUAUUUGAGUAGUUCUUUCCAUGAUUUUUCCUGAAGAGAAUGCUUUUAAAAUAAUAUUGUGGAGGGUACAGGAUGCACUGGGUUUGUGAAAAUCUGGUUUAUAGCGUGCUUUCUUUCAGGGUAUGAAUUUACCCUGAAUGGAGAAGUGCUUGUCUGACCAAUCACAGUGGUGGCUCUGGUGUUCCCUGUGCCCCUCUGACCAUUGUUGAAUUUUUAAAUGGGCCAUUCACCAGGCAGCCGAGCACCUGCUCUCACUUCUCUCCUUCACUGGCUCCCAGUGUGAUGCCCACUUGUUCUGGGCCCUCUUUUUGCUGACAUUGCAUAACUGUGGUGGUGGGAGGUCUUGCCUCUCUUAACAGAAAAGGAGCUUGUAAUGCUUUGGGAUGUACUAGACUUGGCAUUCCACCUGUACGAAGUUUGAGAAAGAAUCCUAGCCACGAUGGCAAGGGAAAAAGAAGGCAUGGUACUAUAUUGUUACUCACUUUAGGCACUGUUCACUCACAUCUCCUUCAGUGCCAGUAACUGAGUGACAUCAAACGUUGACAUUCUCCAGGAUGCGUCGUGGCUCCAGUGAGCCUGAAACCCAGCCUCUGCCUUUGCAACAUGUAACGUUCACAGAAUUUUACAAAUUGUUAAUACCUCUUGGUCAGUCACUGUGUUUUACAUCCUGGCUGUACUGUCUUCUCUGACAACCCGAACUCUUUUCUUUUCAUGUAAUGCAUUAUUUAAGUUGAAACUCCCAUCUGGUUAAGUGAAAAUGCUUCCCUGAUAAGCCACUGAAUUGAUUAAAUUGAUAGUCCCCUAUGGACCAUGGAACUGGAGAUUUCUCAAAAGCCUGCCUAUCCUUUUGCAGCAGAGGGCUUAGUACAUGAAAAUCAGGAAAGAGAGUAGGAAAGGAUUAUUUGUAGACGACAUAAAACCAAAGGUGGGCAUAGCCUUUAAUGAUAAAGAAACAGGACUAAGAGCUAUCUCCUUUUACACUUGAGGAAGCUGUGACUAAAGAACAGUCCAUUCUGCUUGAUCCACAGUACAAGCAAAUGAUAGAUAAUCUUGAAAUGGCAAAAGUGUUUUUUACUAUAUUAAAAAUCAUAUGUUCCAAAGGAAAAAGCAAAGCAAAACUAUAGAACAAAGUAUAUAGCACGGGUGUGGAAGAAUUAAAGAAUAAAGAAAUACGCUUGAUAACUUCAAACAUCUACUGCAUAUAUGCAAGAAAAGUGAACACGUAUAAACCAAAAGAGAUUACCCAUUAAACCAUUUGAGAUUAAUUAGCCAUCAUUUUUCACAACUUGUGGAAUUUUGGGAAAUAUUUAAAGCUGGGGAAAUGAAAUUGAUCUAACACAACUCAGAGAAGUUGGCACAGGCUGUAGUCUCAGCCUGGAUUGGGGUGCUGCUCUGCCUAGUGUGUGGCCUUAUGAGAGUCACUUAACCAGACUGUUCCCCUGUUUAUUCAGUUGGAAAAUGGGAAUAAUGCCUACCUCAACAGGUUUUUUUUUUAAUGAAAUAAAAGCAUAGAGAUUGGCAUGUAGUAACCAUUCAAUAUUCUCUCCUCACAAUCACAAUUAAAAAAGAAAAAUGCAUUUAGAGUCAUUUCUCUUUCUAGUGAAAAUAAAAGUAAUACUAGAGAAAAAGUAAGAACAGUUCUCAGAUAUUUUAAUAAGGCUGAGCAUAUGAAGCUAGUCUGAAUUUGGGGCAACCUAAUCGAGAUAAGCCUGAGCAUAUGAAGCUAGUCUGAAUUUGGGCAACCUAAUCGAGAUAAGCCUGGUAUGUGGAGGAAAUGGAGUCUUAAUAAAUUCCCAAUAAGGUAUAAUAACCAAAUCUUGUCUUUUAUCCACCUUGGUUCAUGGACAGAAUUCUUUUUUUUUUUUUUGGCUUAUAUAUUCAUUUUAUAUCCUUAGAGGUAAAAAUUUUUAAAUGAUCUAGUCAGCUAUCAAAACUUACGUAACUGUUCAACUGAGACGUAAUAUUUAGGGCCAAUUAUUUAUUACUGUUUCCUUUCAGAGGUCAUAACGAAAGGAAUUCUAUCAGGGUUGAUACUAACUCCUUUUUAAAAUGGCUUUGAAGAGUGACUUGAUGUAAGAGAAAACGUGUUCAGUUGUCCUCCAGUGUUCAAACCUUAAGAACUGAGAAUAGCCUUUGUGGACAUUUGAUCUGAGAAAGUGGUCAGCAGCAGUCCUCCUCACGUGGUGGGUAACCAGGUGCCAUGAACCAGUCAUGCGUUACUUCUGGUUUUAAACUGAGGGAGGUUCUGGGAUGGGGAAGUGUGAGGUCUCAUUCCCGACGUUGCCAAAUUGCCAAAGUGCUGACUCAAGUUCUAGGAUGCUCAGUUCAGGAGCAACAUGAAGCUGGAGAAGAAUCACUUAGCUUAGGGGUUUCGGCUGGGAAUAACUCAGCAUGUAGGGAAGUUAAAGGGGUUGAGUGGGUGUGGAGAAGGCUGAGGAGUGAUUUCUAGAAACAGUUAUCCAGAACGUAAAGAGCUCUUACCAAGAGGAUGACUAACUCCCUUUCUUCUUGACUAUGUUGGCAGAGUCAGAGCUUCCACCUAAAUCAAGUCAAGAGAGUUUAACUUAGAUCUGAAGGGGGUUUUGCAUUAGUUUACAAUGUGUCUAGCACCAUGCUCUUUGGGGUGGCAUAGAACUUACAGUCUUUUUGGAGGGCUAUGACUAUACUUUAGAGCACUUAUUCACAAUAAAAACAAUGCUUAUCAGCAUACAGUUGUACAGUUAGUCUGCUCAUGUACCAUAGCAAGUCAAGCUCCCUGUUGUGAGUUACUGAAAAUAGGUGAAACAUACUCAUUUGAUUUAUUGGAGAAAACACCUGGGAAGCCCGGGACUUGGAGUUUGCCGUGGUCACAUUGCAGGGGGAGUCGCCAAGCGAGAUCACAGAGUCAUCAACGUUGGAAGUCUUUUAAAAUAGAAACGUCUGCAUGAGCUGUGGGUUCUAACUGCAGGAGAACGGCAGGGCAUCCAGGAAGUCAGCCUUUAUAAAGUUCCGUCUAAGGCUGAUAUUUUACAUGUAACCUCCAAACAGGAUCAACAAUAACAGCCCUCCAGGCCUGCCCUCUUCCCCUUUGGACAUUUUCCACAUUGCUUUUUCUCUGCAUCAUAGGCUUUCUCCGGCCAGCGGGGCUUUGUUUAGGUGACUUUGGGGAUGCCUGCAGGCUCCAGGUAAGUUUCCUCUGGCGUGGUGCUUUGACUGUUUUUGUUUCCCUCGGGUCACAAAGCAGUAUCCUAGACACCCAGACAAUCAUCAGCUAUAUUUAUAGCCACUGUGGAACCUGUGAAACAGCUGGAGGCUUUACAGAAACAACUCAGAGGCAGGCAUGGAGGCCGAUGGAAACUCAUAGAAUAAAACCACGCUACCUGCUCUCCAUUGCUCGCUGAUGCUGCCCUUAGGUGUCUCCAUGGGAGUUUUUACAUCAUGCCUUUGGGUGACAGUGUUACCAAGUCUAUUUUGAAGAUGGUGAGGAGGCUGUCUUCCCAUUGGUAUCACCAUAUUUAUGCUGUAUUUUUGUUUACUUCACUUUCCCCUUCAAGUAUCUACUUGCUCUCUUUUAUUGUUUUAGUUUAUAUAAAAUUUAUUCAUUCAAACAAUGUUAAGUAUAUUAUGUCCUAGACUCUGGGCUACGGGCUGGAGAAGGACAGAUGAAUAAAACAUCUUAAGCUCAACAAUCAUUUUUGUUUCUAAAUAUAUAUAUACAUUUUUUUUUACUGGAUUCUGCUAAGAACUCUAGGCAAACAGUAAGAUCUUUUAUUAUCCUUUAAUUGUUGGGUAUCUUCCCCCGUCCCUUCCUCCCCCCUUGAAAGGGAGAGAAUUUAAGGAAAGUGAGUUACUACUCUGACUCUAGUUAAGAAAUAAAUACACUUGUCAGUCUAUGCUUCCCUUCAAAAUAAAUGGGUAUGUUUUGCCUCUGAAGGAAGAAAUACAGCGUUCCAUUCCAGUAAUGUAAUGAAUUAUAGCAUGAAAUAGAAGUUGGGUAUUUAAUAUAUUUUAUUUAUAGAAUUGAAUAUUGAAUGCCCUUUGCAAGGAAGUAAGUUAGACCCUGGAACGCUAGGUCUAUACAAACAGAUGUGACACAGUUCUUCUAAGCUCAGUGUUUUAAUAGUUGAAAGGCAUUGCUACGUUUUACCAUUUUGAAAAAGUGAGCUGGAGACAGUAGCAGCUAGAUAAAGGGGUGAUGGUGUGAACAAAGAUCCCUGCUUACUUCUCUGUUUCUUUUGAUUAAAACGCGUCUUAGAUACUAUACACUAAACACAUUUGGGGCAUCCUAUGAAAUGGGUUAAGGUCAACAGUGGGGGUGUCCCUACCUUGGCAGGUAGGCCAAUAAUUGUGUCUUCUAGUCUCAAACAAUUUAAAAUCAUGUGAAUCUAACUCUCAAUGCCUUCAAUUUUGUAACAGGAGGCAAAAAUGGGUUUUUUUUCCCAGCAGACUUAAUACUUCUAAUUCUUAACAGCAUAAAAACUUCUCUCACAUACCUACUACACAUGUUCCAAUCCAUGUGAGUUAAAUGAAGUCAGAAUGUUUGGUGGCCUAAAAAUUCUUACUGAAGACAGAGUGUUGUCCAGUUGAUGGCCCGUAAUAAAAAACAUUAGCAUGUCUUAUUUCGUAAAGACCUUGAUAUUUGGAAAAAGAUAUCAGAAGGCUGCUAAUAAAAAGUCUACUUGGUGAGGAACUUGUACACUAAAAUAAUAUUUCCACGUAAGUUUUUUCUAUAUUCACAUUCUAAGUCUGCACGUCUCUCAAGAGUUUCUUGGUCAAGUUCUUUAUAGUUGGCACCUCCUGCAAAUUUUACUAAUGUUGCCACAUUCCCUUGUGGACUGUGAUAAUGUUUAUUAAUUUACAGCUACCUCAAAAUAUAACGCUCUUUUAUUAUGCCACUAUACUAAUGC